AUGCCGAUUCACAACUCGCCCUUUGCAGCUUCGUCCCUUGCCAAAAGCUCCGGCCGUGGUGAAGUCGUUCUUACGGUUCUUCCACCGUCUAUUCCAUCACUGUCGACGCUGUCCUAUAAUUAUCCACUUAAACUACUGUCCCGCACUCCAGAAGGCGGGCUGAAGUCGAGGUAUCCCGCUUCCGCAACUGCGCCAUUACACCUCUACCUUCUCACGUAUGGCGGCGGUUUACUUCCCGGUGACCACAUCGAUGUUUCCAUAACCAUAAAGCCUAGAGGAAGACUUGUCGUCACAACUCCACAGGGCAGCACAAAGAUAUUCAAAACCGAGGCGCAGGGUGGUAGGAAGAGACACGCUCCCAAGACGGAUAAUGAUCGGAGCAAACAGACUCUGAAGGUUCAAUUGGGUCAAGGAACAGGACUGUGCUUGCUUCCGGACCCGUCUGUACCAUUUGCAGAUAGUAGGUAUGACCAGUUUCAAAGCUUCACUCUUCUCCGAGAGGAUGGCAGAGCUGGCGAACAUGCGCAGGGCAAGCAGGCCGUGAAUGAGGACAGGGUGUCAGGUUCCAAGGGCAGCCUCUGCGUUCUUGACUGGGUCACGGAAGGACGUAGUGCCAGGGGAGAGAAUUGGUCGUUCGAUUCGUGGACUGGGAGAAACGAGGUCUGGCUGGAAGAUUGCAAGACUGGGAAAAGGAGACUCCUACUUCGUGAUUCUGUGAUUCUGGAGAAUGGUACAAACGAUAAGCCACAGGAUGGCGAUGAUUCGAAUAACUCAACGCAAGCACACCUACCUUCUCCCACGGCGCACACACCAAUCCGCUCUCGCACACACUCUCAUGGCAUUCUUGGAACAUUGAUCCUACAUGGGCCAUUAUUCGAGUCCCUUGCUGACUUCUUCAUGGAGACAUUCACAUCCCAGCCGAGAAUUGGCGGCCAGAACUGGGCAUCAAGCUCGGAACAGACAGUGUUCUAUCCCACAGACCAGGAUAAACGCGUUAAUGAGAAUACGACGAGCAAAAAGAGUAACGACAGUGCUGCGAAGCCGACGGAAAAGAGCCAGGGGAAAGUAACGUGGACUGCUGCACGGGUACGGAAUGGAUUUGUGCUUGUGAAGUUUGGUGCUCCUGAUUUUGAAACUGCUAGGAAUUGGCUGGGCCAUAUUCUCAGGACAGAAGGAAGCGUUCAGCGGGAGUUUGGAGAAGAGGCACUGGGCUCUCUGUAA